UAAAAAUAAAAUAAGACUGUUCUCGCAUUUAUAUCUAUAGGGACGACUGCCUUUAUAGCCACCCGUCUACCUGCAUAAUUCCCCCGCUCACUGCAACGGGGAGAGAGAGAGAUGUCGUCAAUAGCGUACUGCGCGAGGGAGAAGAAGCCAUGCGUGAGGUGGGUCGAGAAGUACUUCAAGGACUGCCUGUGCAACGCCAGGGACGAGGCGUCCUUCGGGUUCGGGAUGAUAAGCCUGGUGUGCUGGGGCGUCGCCGAGAUCCCCCAGAUCAUCACCAACUUCCGCACCAAGUCCAGCCACGGCGUCUCCCUCGCCUUCCUCCUCACUUGGGUCGCCGGGGACGUGUUCAAUCUAGUUGGCUGUCUUCUUGAACCAGCAACGUUGCCGACUCAGUACUACACAGCCCUGCUUUAUACCGCGAGCACUGUGGUGUUGGUGCUGCAGAGCCUGUACUAUGAUCAUGUCUACAGUUUGUGGAAGGGCCGACACAUCAAGAAACCCGACCCACAGGCUGAAGAGAAGGAACCGCUGAAACCAAAAGCGACGCAUCAAAUAGGAAUCGCCAUUCCUGGCGCUGCGGCUAAAGCAACUCCAGUGAAAGCAUCUCCGAGAAAAGAAUUCUUUUACACCUCGGCUCGGUCUUUGGCCGGGAGCGGGACGCCGCCGUUCCGGACGUACAUCAGGGUGGCGAAGAGCGGCCCGUCCACCGUGCAUCUCGACAGCGACUCGUCUUCUGAUGACGAGGCUGCUCGGGUUCCGUCCACGAAGUCGGUCAGCAAGCCUAAGCAAAUCCCACGAUCGGUGGGGUAUGGGACAUUUCUAGCGUCAUCCCUCACUCUACCUCUUCAGAACAAAUCUUUCACAGAAGCUCAUGUUGUACUCUCCACGAGGAAAUUGUUACAACAGGAAGGUGGAAUAGAGCACAGUGUCUUUGGACAGUGGCUUGGAUGGCUUAUGGCUGCCAUAUACAUGGGUGGCAGGAUCCCUCAGAUAUGGUUAAACAUUAAACGAGGGAGUGUCGAGGGCUUGAAUCCUCUUAUGUUCAUCUUUGCGCUGGUCGCUAAUGUUACAUAUGUGGGAAGCAUUCUAGUGAGAACCGUUGAGUGGGAGAGUAUCGAAGCUAACAUGCCGUGGCUGUUGGACGCGAUCGUUUGCGUGGCGCUCGACUUAUUCAUCAUCUUGCAGUACAUAUACUACAGGUACUUCAGGAGAAGCGAGAACAGCGACAAGGAAGGCCUCGGACACUACGAGGAAGCCGGCAAGGGCGCAGGAUCUUGAACUGCACGUUGGUAUGCGGUGUCCGCGCUCGUGCUGGAGGCCGUCAUCGACCGUAAUAGGAUUUGUAGUUUAUUGUUUUCUUUCGAGGAUAUGUGCCUUAUUAGUGUUCAUUAUCUGCCGUCAUCUUUGUCUUUCCUGCACCGAGACGUGCACCGGAGAGAGAAAUUUCCAAGGAUAGAGCGACGGGCCAUUUACUUUUUAUGCAAUUUUAAUCUGUGUAAUGAAGAGCGCAACUGGGUUUGCUUUCCCUUUA